GCCCCGCAUGUCCACCUACUACCUGGCCUGGGCGGUGUGCAACUUCACCUACAGGGAGACGCAGACCAGCGGCGGCGUGACGAUCCGCCUGUACGCCCGGCCGGACGCCAUUGCGAGCGGCGCGGGGGACUACGCUCUCCACAUCACCAAGAGGCUGCUGGGAUUUUAUGAGGACUACUUCAAAGUGCAGUACUCCCUGCCAAAGCUAGACUUGCUGGCGGUGCCCAAACAUCCCUACGCAGCCAUGGAGAACUGGGGGCUCAGCGUCUUCCAGGAGCAGAAGAUCCUGCUGGACGCCGAGGUGUCCUCCUCGUCCUACCAGAUGGAGCUCACCAUGGUGGUCGUCCACGAGAUCUGCCACCAGUGGUUCGGUGAUCUGGUGACGCCGGUGUGGUGGGAGGAUGUCUGGUUAAAGGAAGGCUUCGCUCAUUUCUUCGAGUACGUCGGCACAGACUUCCUCUUCCCAAAGUGGAACAUGGAGAAGCAGCGCUUCCUGACCGACGUUCUCCAUGAGGUGAUGCUGCUGGACGGGCUGAGCUCCUCCCAUCCUAUCUCCCAGGAGGUGGAGCAGGCGACCGACAUCGACCGCGUCUUUGACUGGAUCGCCUACAAAAAGGGGGCGGCGCUGAUCCGGAUGCUGGCGAACGUGAUGGGACAGACGCUGUUCCAGAAAGGACUCAACGAUUAUCUCCUGAGUCACAUGUACAGCAACGCCGCCAGAGAUGACCUAUGGAGCAAACUUACCCAGGCCAUGCACUCAGAAGGGCGGGACAUUGACAUUGGAGAGAUGAUGGACAGAUGGACUCUACAAAUGGGCUACCCUGUCGUCACCAUCAGCAAAAACCAAUCGGAGCAGCUGCCGACCCGUUACAUCACCGUCACCCAGGAGCACUUCCUGUACGGAGAGGAAGUCAGAAACAACGUCAGCUUACAGUGGCAGGUCCCGUUGACCGUCGCCGUGGGAAACGCGUCCACCGUCUCCAUGGAGAGCCUCCUGUGGAUCAACAACAGGACGGAAACCCAUAAGGUUGGUCAGAUGGAUGACAGCACCUGGCUGCUGGGAAACAUCAACCAGACCGGUUACUUCCGUGUCAAUUAUGACCUCCAGAACUGGAAAUUGCUCAUUCAGCAGCUCCACAGCAAUCCUCAGAUAAUUUCCGUUGGAAACAGAGCAGGUCUAAUCGAUGACGCCUUCAACCUGGCCAGGGCAGGAUACCUCCCACAGGGCAUUCCCUUGCAGCUGAUUGGCUAUCUGCCGGAGGAGACGUCCUUCCUGCCGUGGCACGCCGCCAGCCGGGCGCUCUACCAGCUGGACAAACUGUUGGACCGCACAGACGACUACAGGCUGUUCAGUGACUACGUGCUGAAGCAGGUCGCAUCACGGUACCAUCAGAUGGGCUGGCCAACAAACGGACCUGGAACAGACGGAAACAUCCUGAAGGCGUCCUACCAGACUGAAGAGCUGCAGAGGGAGCUCAUCAUGUUGGCCUGCAGCUUCGGGAACAAGCAGUGCCACCGUCAGGCCGUCGCCUACAUCUCCGACUGGAUCUCCAGCAACAAGAACAGGAUUCCUCCCAACAUCCGGGACAUAGUUUACUGCACCGGGGUCAGCCUGAUGGACGAGGACGUAUGGGAGUUUAUCUGGAUGAAGUUUCACUCGACCAGCGCCGUCUCUGAGAAGAAGAUCCUGCUGGAGGCCCUGACCUGCUCAGACAACACCUUCCUCCUUAACAGGUUACUGAACCUGUCUCUGACCUCGGACCUCGUCCCUGAGCAGGACGUGAUCGACGUCAUCAUCCACGUCGGCCGGAACCCUCAGGGCCGGAACCUGGCCUGGAAGUACUUCAGAGACAAGUGGGACAUCCUGAACGCCCGAUACGGCGAGGCUUUGUUCAUGAAUUCCAAGCUCAUCGGUGGAGUCACAGAGUUCCUCAAUACGGAGAGAGAGCUCAACGAGUUGAAGGAAUUCAUCCAGUCCAGUGGCGUUGGGGCCGGGCCUGCGCUGCCGCGAGCGUUGGAGAUCGUUGAGGGGAACGUCCGCUGGCACCGCCUCCACCGGCGGCACUUCUACCAAUGGCUCCGCAAACCUCCGAGCUCCACCUUCGGCUAACGUUGCGCCGGCUCGCUGGAGUCAAGCUAAAUGCGACCUGACUGCUGCUGAGCUAAUGCACUUCUAGCUAACGGACGCAGUCAGAGCGAAAUGGGCUGGUUUCUGAACUGGUUUUGUUUUAAAAGGAAGUUUAAUGUGUUCAUCGAUGCUGGAAUCUUUAUUUCUCAACAUGAAGCCGUUGUGGUCAAACUGUGCUGUGAAAAUGUGAUGAAGAUUGAUCCAGUCAUGAGUGAGCUAGCCUCAGAUUUUUAUAUCAGUCACCAAAAUAACAACAAACCUCUUCUAGAACCAUGAGAAACAACUAGAACGUCAGCACUUAGAGAACAACAAUUUGUCCUUUUUAUGGUAGGGUCGGUCAUUCAGACUCUAUGCCCUCAAACCCUUAAGUGGUUUGCAUAUUUUUAAUUUUCUUUGCACUAAGAGGAAGUAAACUGGUUGUGCACAUCUAGAAUUUAAUGAGACAGGAGCCAUAAAACUGAUUAGUAAUUUCUUCUGGUGAUCCAGUCUGUUAUCUGUCGACUUCCAGACAAAUCUCUGCAGCUGAUCUAACCUAACGUACCAGUCAGCCAUUAUAAACCAUAAAGACCCAUUAAGGUUUAAAGUCUGAGUGGUAACACUGCAGGGAGGCGGAUUGUUGAAGGAACUCAUCCCAUUCAUGACCUUAACUCAGUAAUUGACUGACAGGGUGAUAAAUUCAAAGGGAACAUUUGCAUUGGGGGGGCUUUACAGUAGGCAUACAGUAUCAGUUCAGAAAUUUUUUUAAAAAAAUCUUUAAAAAAUCAUCACAUGUAUAAUUCUAUUAAAUAAUGUAAUGCUUAAAUUUCAGUACACACAAUCAUCAGCCAAAA